GCCAGGCCCAGGGGGAGGAGCUACAUUCAACAUCAACAAAAGGAAAGAGAAGCAGAAAACAGACGAAAGAUUCUCGGAUACACAAACACAAUAUGUCCUUUUAACACCCUUGGUGUUUUGCCGACUCGAAACCCAAAUAAAGUGUAAAUAUGGAGGCCUUCAAACUGAUGAAGGAGCUGAAGAGCAAUUUGGACCAAGAGGUUCAAUAUUUGCCAAAGGAAACGGGACUCAGUUUGAUCGAAUCCACACAAGAGAACGGUAAUGGACUUUCAGCCAAAUGUCGAGAUGCCCGAGUGGAAGAUCUCUGGAGCUUGACCAGUUUCUUCGGCUACAGCACUGAGACCUUCGUACUAGCCGUUAACCUGCUGGACAGGUUUAUAGCUAUGAUGAAGGUUCAACCGAAGUAUUUGGCCUGCAUCAGCAUCGGUUGCCUUCACAUCGCCACCCGAGUGACCGAAGAAGAGUGCAACGUUUCGUCCAGCCACGAGCUCAUUCGCAUCAGCCAGUGCAAGUUCACCGUCUCGGACCUCAGCCGAAUGGAGAAGAUCAUUUCUGAGAAGCUCAACUUCCAGUUAAAAGCCGUCACAGCCUUAACCUUCCUGCAUUUGUACCACGCCAUUGCACUUUCGCACACGUCCAACAGAAAAGCUGUCCUGAAUCUUGACAAACUGGAAGCUCAGCUAAAAGCCUGCCUAUGCAGAAUGGUUUUCUCCAAAGCAAAACCUUCGGUGCUCGCUUUGUCGCUGUUGAUGCUUGAGAUCGAGGCCUUACAGUCUGCGGACCUGCUUGAAAUCGCCCAACGCAUACAAACACACUUAAAGAUCUCGAAGUCUGACCUGGCGCACUGGCGAGGCCUUGUAGGCCAGUGUAUGAGGGAAUACUCUUCUCCGGAAUGUGCCAAACCGGACCACAAGAAACUGGUGUGGAUCGUCUCGCGGAGGACUGCGCAGAAUCUGCACAGCUGCUACCGAAACGCCCCCGAGCUGCCUACCAUCCCGGAGGGAGCAUGGGAUGAGAGCGAGAGCGAGGAUUCAAGUGAAGACCUGAGCUCUGGGGAAGAGAGUCUGAGCAGCUCGCUGGGCAGCGACGCCGAAGGACCCUACUUCCCCCCGAACUUCCGCUCCCGUGCCCGCCGUCUGUAAAAUGCUCUAAACCACUCGCCAAGGAGCACAACCACCGAUGGAGAUGUGGCCUCAAUUGCAGCCAAUGAUCUGAAUGGCUUCCUUGUCAUCUUCCAAGAUGAUAUCACAGACCUCUCCUGGCUGGAAACCUAAAGUUCUACAGCGAGGUGCCAUUGUGCCUGAGUUCAACGAAACCACCGAGUCCAAAAUAUCAAAAUUGUAUUUUAAAACUCUUCUUUUAUGGCUUACAGGAAGCCAACCACAUACUGUAAAGAUCUCUCUUGAUUACUUGUGUUAAGCUAAAAGUGGAAUAAUUCAGCACUGCACAACACUGGCAGCUAAAAACUUAAAACAAACAAAAAAAAAAAAUAGUAGUCGUAGCAUAUAUAGUAGUUGGUGCAUGUUCGGAUUUGUCAACA